AUGACUUUUAUUUCAUUUUAUCGUGGUCUUGGAACAAAUACACAAAAAUGGUCUACAACAAAAUGCUUACGCUUAUUAUCUCGAAAUACAAGCCAUAAAGCGGCAACCCCAAAUUCUUCUCAACAAAAAGCGUCUUCUCCAUUAACAACUAGCUAUCGUAAAUAUGCUCAACAAUUUAAAAACAAACCCGGAUCUUAUAUGACCUCAUUUGCCAUCCUACAUGAAGUAACUGCUAUUGCACCCUUUCCAAUCAUCUAUUUACUUUUAGACAAUUCAUCUAUAAAGAUACCUUUCCCUGAUACAGUUAUAUCAGAAGGAAAUCGUUUUGUGAAUAAAGUACGUGUUCAUUAUGGAUAUGAGCCAUUAGAACCUGAUAAUCGUACAAUGAUACAUUUGGUCACUACUUAUGGUAUUGUCAAGGCAUUACUACCGGUUCGUAUAGCAGCAUCGGCUGCCAUGACUCCCUUUUUGGCUGAACGUUUUAUUGGACCCAUUUUUAAUUUUGUACAUAAAGGAAUAUUAAGAAACAAAAAUAAAUUAUUAAAAUAA